AUGCUUCAUCAUCAGUUGCGGAAAGGCUUGCUUAAAUGCUCGUCCAGUAAACAUAAUAUUAAAACCUCAUGUUCAGUGGGUGGAUUAUGUUCGGCAUUAUCAGCUAAUAUUAUGAUGAAGAUGGAACAGAGUUUAUCAUCUACCCGAUCCUUCUCUCGUUCUUGUUUCUUCCGAAAUGAAACAAAUCAUCAAGGAGAGGAUUCUAACAACAUUUCAGAAGCAAAACCCAUGUUUACUCAACGUCCUAAAAAGAAAUAUGUGAACAAGAUUAUUAACAAGCCGCUGGAUGAACCUUUGAAAUUGUGGUUCAAUCAAGAUAAGUGGAGCACUGAUGAAAAUAAGAGAAUUGAAUACAUUGCUCGAUUGCUUAUGAAAUUCCAAUAUAGAAGUUAUAAAGAAUUUCUCGAGUUGAACCCAAAACAAAAAUCAGCAUUGGAACAAAUGGAGGAAAGAGCAAUGUGUGAUGACAAACAUAUUCAAGAAAUGCUGGAAAAAGAGAAGAAGUUGAGCGGAAGUGAGUUUAAAGCACAAUUGGAAGAAUCAGGAGAAGAGGAGCCAGUAUUAAAAUUUAACGACGAAGCACUUUCAAAGAUUAACAGAGAUGAAGUCACUCCAAUGGCCGCCUACAAGUCAUUGAAAAGCAGAAAAUUAGCAAACAGAACAAUUCUCUCAUUUCCAACAAAUAUCAUUCCAAAGAGUGAGAAGGAAGCUCAAUAUGCUCAAUUGAGAUUGAUUGACCUUUUAGAAAAGGAGAGAGGAUGGAAGCUUGCUGGAUGGAAGAUUGGUGCAACACAACCAAAAGCACUUGCACGAUUAAAUAUUAAGGAGCCAUUCUUGGGACCAAUAUUUGAACAUCAAAUUUUGAGAAAUCCACGAAUUUACAACAUGGAAGACGUGACCAACUUUAAUCCAAUGGUUGAAGUAGAAUUUGCAUUUUGCUUGUCAAAAGACUUGAAGGCUCGUGACACUCCCUACACCAAAGAAGAAUUAAUUGAUGCAUUGGAAUAUGUUACUGGUGUUUUUGAAGUGAUUGGAUCAAGAGUUGACAAUGUGGAAAAUCAAGGAGGUGUUCUCACAAGAAUUGCCGAUUUAGGAGGCCAUAUCAAUUUGAUUAUUCCUGAAAAGCCAUCAACCUUCAAUGUGAAAGAGUCUGCUAAAUUAGCAUUUGAAAAAGUAGAAUUAUUGUUCAAUAAUGUCAGUCAGAAAAAGGCACAAGGUUCAUUUGUGUGCAAUGGUGAAUACGAUGCCAAUGAAACCAAAGGACCACUCGAUACCUGUCUUCAAUGCGUCAACAGAAUCACCAAUGAAUUCAAACGAGACGUUUUGGCAGGUCAAAUCAUUUCAAGUGGAACCAUGACAGGUAAAUCUCGAGAAUUAGAGAAGGGAGAUGUUGCACAAGCUACUUCAAUAACCCACUCUUUGAACCAAUAA